AUGGGACAAGAAAUGGCAGCCUUUCCUGUUCUACUGAACAGUGGAUCCUUGAGUAGUUCUGAAAUGUCAAGGCUUCGUGUUAUGCACACCAAGUGUUCGAUGAAAUGCAAAAUCCCGUCUUAUUCAGUGUCCAAUUCAUGCCACAGUUCACAUUCAUUUCCUUCAGUAAAUUUUAAAUCGCAAAAGAGAUUGUCAUGUAUUAGGUCCUUGAUUAACGAAAACGGAAACAAAGAAAACCAUUCGAGGAACAGGGAGCCUAGUUUCUUCCGAAAGGGAUUUAAGCUUAGACUACAACCAAGGUUGCGAUUACUCUCUUCAAGAUUGAAAAGGGUAUCAAUUCGUUCUAUGUUAAACGACCUUGGAACUUACCUUCGCAAAAACAUGAAAAAAGUAACUCUAUCCACUUCGAUUUCUGUUGUAUUAGGGUUGUGUUAUUUGUUCCUGAAGUUAACAUCAAUGCCAACUCCUAAAAUCGUCCCAUAUUCAGACUUAAUUACAAAUAUUCAAAGUGGAUCUGUUAUGAAAGUUCUAUUUGAGGAAGGAUCACGAAAAAUAUACUACAAUACUGGCUCAAAUGGAGUAGAAAACCCUCAAAAUUCAGAAAAUUCAGAAAAUAAGAACACUGGAAUAAACGAUGAUGAUGAAAAUUCUGUAAAGAAAGAUGACAUUACAAGUUCAAAUGUGUUAAGAAAAUUGACAAGGACAAAAUCGUCAUUACCCGAGUGGCAAUACUCAACAAGAAAGAUCGACCAUGAUGAGAGUUAUCUUCUUGGAUUGAUGAGAGAGAAAGGGAUUACAUAUAGUUCAUCUCCACAAUCAAUGUUAAUGUCAAUGAGAAGUAUCUUAAUUACGAUUAUAUCCCUUUGGAUUCCCUUAACUCCAUUGAUGUGGCUUCUUUAUCGCCAACUUUCUGCUGCUAAUAGCCCUGCAAAAAAACGAAGGCCUAGCAAUCAAGUAGUUAACUUUGAAGAUGUUGAAGGUGUUGAUACUGCAAAAGUAGAGCUUAUGGAGAUUGUGUUAUGUCUUCAAGGUUCUAUCAAUUACAACAAACUAGGGGCAAAGUUACCUAGAGGAGUCCUGCUAGUGGGCCCACCGGGGACGGGGAAAACACUAUUAGCGCGUGCAGUGGCGGGAGAAGCCGGGGUGCCAUUUUUCACGGUGUCCGCGAGUGAAUUUGUGGAGAUGUUUGUUGGAAGAGGUGCAGCGCGUAUUAGAGACCUUUUUAAUGUUGCAAGAAAGAAUUCACCUUCCAUUAUCUUCAUUGAUGAACUUGAUGCCGUUGGGGGAAAACGUGGUAGAAGCUUUAAUGAUGAAAGAGAUCAAACCCUAAAUCAACUAUUGACAGAAAUGGAUGGAUUUGAGUCGGAUGUGAAUGUGAUUGUGAUAGCAGCAACAAAUAGGCCCGAAGCAUUGGACCCGGCCCUUUGUAGGCCCGGUAGAUUUUCAAGAAAAGUGUUUGUUGGAGAGCCAGAUGAAAUUGGAAGAAGAAAAAUCUUAUCUGUUCAUUUAAGAGGAAUCCCUCUUGAAGAAGAUUCCACCAUUAUAUGCAACCUUGUUGCUUCUCUCACUCAAGGCUUUGUUGGCGCUGACCUCGCAAAUAUCGUUAAUGAAGCUGCUUUACUCGCUGCUCGACGAGGUGGGGAAUGUGUGGCAAGGGAAGAUAUAAUGGAAGCUAUUGAAAGGGCAAAGUUUGGAAUAAAUGAAAGACAAAUAAGCCCUUCUAACUUAACCAAAGAAAUUGGAAAGAUUUUUCCAUGGAUGCCCUCAUUUAAGUCGAGGACUGAUGGGUCUUCUUCUCUUGGUGGUUACCAAACACUAAGCUGAUUGAGGGUAUUCUUGUCAUUUCACAAAGAAGUAGGUUUCAUAUUGACUUUCAUGGUCACACUUUUAUUUUUUAUCAACAUAGAAAGCAUCUUGUCUUUUUGGGGAUAUCAAGUUACAUGUGAUAUGUUAUGUUAAACAUUUAUGAUUAAGAGGAUAUGUGGAUGUGGGUAU